CUUUUCUUCAAGUAAUUUCUGUGCUACAACUAUAGCUACAAAUACUAAUAAUAUCUACAAGCUAUAGCCAUAUUUUAUUAUGCCACUAGUAAUUACGGGAAAAGAAGAAGGAUUGAUAAAGAGCAAUAAUAACAGUGCUAUUUUGAUUGAAGGGAGCACAAUCAUUUCAACCGUUGGUGACAACACCGAGCACUUGGAAAUGAUGGGAUCUAUAGAUAUUGACAGUACUACGCUUCCAAACGAAGAAAAAUUAACGAACAACAUUGCCGAAAUACAAUACGGAACUACGUGGAUUGCUUGGUUACAAGUCUUGAGUAUUAUAUUAGUCAAUAGCGCUUGCUCCUUGAUGUGGAUGAGCGCUACUAGCUCGCCUACCGCAGUUUCAGAAUGGCUUAAUGUCAGUUUUUCGAGCUUAAAUUGGUUAUCAAAUGUCUCAGCUAUUGUUAAUACUGUUUUUUCACUUAUUACGGGUUGGGCUUACGAAAAAUUUGGUAUAAAACGCAACAUUAUUUUUUCUGGCGUGAUGAAUUUUCUCGGUUGUUGGAUCCGUUGUCUUGCUAUUGUUGCUCCUCGAAAUCAUCGUUUUGCUGUUGUGAUGGUUGGACAAGUUAUAGCGAGCAUUGGAGGACCAUUCGUUUACAACAUUGCCACAAAGCUGGUUUCUAUUUGGUUUGCACCUAAACAUCGAGUUAUAGCUAAUACAUUAGCAACUCUUUCGAUAGGUAUGGCCAUUGCUCCCAUCUUGAUACCUGCUCUUGCUCCAGCAUCCGUCAAUGUCCCAUGGAUGCUGAUUGUGAUUUCUGUAAUAUCUACUAUCGCAGCCAUUCCAUCCUUUUUCCUUCCAAGCAAACCGGCUAUUUUAUCCUCUCCUUCUGCUGAGCAAGAUCGUAUGAAUAUUGUAGAAGGCAUUAAGCGCUUAAUUAAAAUAAGUGGGUUUUGGUGGAGUCUCAUCUUAUGUGCUGUCAAUGCUGGUAUGGUAUUUUCUGUCUCUGUAUUAAUUAUGGAAGCAAUCAUUCCUCUGGGUUAUACAGAUAUGGAAGCUGGCUACUGUGCAGCGGCCAUUGUAGUUGCUGGCUUUAUAGGUGGCAUAUGUUCUGGUUAUUGGGCUGGUAAAACUGGUCAGCACAUCAUGCUUAUCAAGUUAUUCACACCGAUGAUGUUAUUUUCCUACAUCAUCCUAAUAUUCGAAUUGGUGCCCAACACGUUUCCAGUCAUAUUGAUUGCAUGCAUACAAAUUGGUUUCUUUGCCUACGCAUUGUUUCCGCUUCAUCUGGAAGUGGCUUGUGAAAUUACAUAUCCAAUUCCGGAAGCUAUAACUGCAUCUCUCAUGUGGUCUAUGGUGACAGCGGCCAUGUUGAUUUUUUGUGUUAUCAUUGACGCGCUCCGAGCUGGUCCAGAAGCUGUGCCGCCCAACAAUAUGAAAAUGUCAAUCAAUGCUGUAGCUAUUAUUGUUUGCAUAGGCUCUCUUCCUAUACUUUGGUUCAAAGGAGACUUGAAAAGAUUGGCAUAUGAUAAAAAUGAGCAAACUUGUCGAAAAGUAUAAUGAUAUAAUGGACAUACACAAAUACGAGCUAAAUUAGAAACAUAAUAAAAAAAGAUAUU